CUCUCUCUCUCUUUACCCUUCGUUUGAUCAGAGGAAACAGAGAAAAAAAAAAAGAAAAGAAAACGAAAUCGGUUAGUGUGUGAUUACUUACGACGGAGAAGAAGAAGACAAUGGCGACAGAGACGUCGACGCAAUCUUACAGCGAGCAGUGGUACUGGGACGAUCGCUACUCGAACGAAUCUGAGCCGUUCGAUUGGUACCAGAAGUAUUCUGCCUUGGCUCCUCUCAUCAAUCUCUACGUCCCUCGCCGUAAUCACCCAGUCCUCGUCAUUGGCUGCGGAAACUCAGCGUUCAGCGAGGGAAUGGUGGAUGAUGGGUACGAGGAUGUUGUCAAUAUCGACAUUUCCUCUGUGGUGAUCGAUUCCAUGAUCAAGAAAUACUCUGACCGUCCUCAGCUCAAAUAUUUGAAGAUGGAUGUGCGUGAUAUGAAGGCCUUUGAAUCUGAUUCUUUUGAUGCUGUAAUUGAUAAAGGAACCUUAGACUCCAUUUUGUGUGGGAGCAAUUCGAGGCAAUACUCAACACAAAUGCUUGAGGAGGUUUGGAGGGUUCUCAAGGAUAAAGGAGUCUAUAUCUUGAUUACAUAUGGAGCUCCAAAUUACCGUCUUCGGCUGUUUAAAGAAUCGUGCUCUUGGACAACCAAACUGCAUGUGAUAGACAAAAGUUUGACCGAACAACCACUAGAAACGCCAAAAUGGGAACUCACAAAACCCAUUGCUCUAGAUGCUGAGGAAGAUUCAGUGGAAUCGGCAAUUGGCAAAAGUCCUGAUGUUCAUUACAUCUAUGUCUGUACUAAGGAUGAGUCGUUGAAGGUGGAGGCAGAUGCAGUCUAAAGUCAUUGGAAUCUUUUUGUGCAUUUCGCUUCGAAGUUCGAACAUAUAGGUCCUACAAGGACUAAGUUUUGUCUUUGUUUGUAUUUUUUGUGCAAGAGUGAAGACGAUCAUAUCUUGGGUUCAUGUUGACUGCGUAAUUAGAGGAGGAACAAAAAUCAUAAUUGUUUUAGCAACGAGAAAUCGUGGUCAAGUGGCU